AUGAAUAACUCAACAGUGAACUUCACCACAUCUGAAACAUCUGCAAACUCCACAACUUCUUACACGGAAGUAAUAGACAAUCUGAACAUUUGUCUCUUCAGCAUCAGCUUCAUAUUUGGUUUUCCGACACACUCCUAUGUUUUAUUUCUGAUUGUCAAAGGAUCGAGUGGAGUAGCAUCGUCCUUCCUCAACAUCAAUCUCUCUGUUUGUGAGAUUGGGAUCUGUUUCAAUUGUUUUGUAAAUGCAGUUUCAUAUUGCUUUCUAAGUUUAUCAACUUUACAAGCAUUUCUGGAAGGACUUACCAUCACCGGUCGUCCUCUGUUUCAGUGUCUGAUCUGCGUCGAGCGUUACCUGGCAGUGGUUCACCCUGUAACCUUUCUGAAGUACAAACCUCUCAGAUAUAGAGUGAUCUGCUGUGCUGCAGCCUGGAUAAUCACUCUUGGCUCAUGCUUGUUCUGCAUGUAUACUUUAAAUGAAGAGAGAGGGAAUUUUUAUAUAUGGUUCUUCUCUCUGCAGUUCCUCAUCGUCUUCUCCCUCCAGUUGUUUUGUCUUGUGGCUGUUCUCAGAGCUCUGAAGCAGUCAGGACCAGGAGAGAGAAAGAAAGAGGAAAACCACAUGAAGAGAAGAGCAUUUUUUAUCAUUCUAAUAACCACUGCAAGCAUGGCUAUCAUAUAUGGCCCUUUUACAAUCGUAGGAUUUGUUACCAUCGUAUUAGAUGAGCAUAUUGACCAAAUUUGGCUUGUUGCUUCAACUUUCUAUCUGCUGGCUGGUUUUGUAGACCCUGUUCUUUAUUUGCACAUGACUGGAAAACUUUCCUGUUUCUGUAUGUCAUAA